AGCAUUUUUCAAAACCCUAAGGAUGGUUUUAGAGUUUAUGUGAUUUUCAGGUAACCCGGUUCAACGAACAGGAUAGACAAUAUGCAUAAAGAUGGAUCAUAGCGGUGGACCGGUGGUAUUCUAUUCCGUUCCUGCUCUUUCGCGUGCUCGUCUGCUCGACGCAGCAGGGUUAGGAACUAGGAAGAGAAGCGAAGGGAGUGAAAAGGAACAAAAAUGGUGCGGUUAACUGCGGAUUUGAUAUGGAAGAGUCCUCACUUCUUCAAUGCCGUUCGAGAGCGAGAGCUUGAUCUCCGCGGAAACAAGAUUGCUGUGAUAGAGAACCUAGGAGCGACUGAGGACCAAUUUGAUACAAUUGAUCUGUCAGAUAAUGAGAUUGUCAAGCUUGAAAACUUCCCUUAUCUAAGUCGGUUGGGCACUUUGCUUAUAAAUAAUAACAGAAUUACUCGUAUUAAUCCUAAUAUAGGAGAAUACUUACCAAAACUGCACACCCUAGUUCUAACAAAUAAUCGACUUGUUAACUUGGUUGAGAUCGAUCCUCUUGCAUCCCUUCCGAAGUUGCAAUUUCUUAGCCUGCUGGAUAAUAACAUUACUAAGAAAUCGAAUUAUCGGUUGUAUGUGAUCAACAAACUGAAACAGUUACGGUUGCUAGAUUUCAAGAAAGUGAAACAUAAGGAGAGAAUUGAAGCAGAAAAUCUGUUUGCAUCAAAAGAAGCUGAAGAGGAGGCUAAGAAAGUAUCUGCAAAGACAUUCACUCCGGGUGAGAUGCCAGAUGUUCAAGAUAUUCUGAAGGAAGAACAAACCCCUAAAGCAGUUGCUCCCACACCAGAGCAGAUUAUAGCUAUUAAGGCUGCAAUUGUAAAUUCCCAAACUCUUGAAGAGGUUGCAAGGCUUGAACAGGCUUUGAAGUCGGGUCAGCUCCCAGCAGAUCUGAAGAUUCCAGAGGAUGACACUGCUACAAGUAUUGUCCAUCCCAAAGACGACAAAAUGGAAAUGCACAACCAGAAAGAAGAUAAUUCACAAUCACAACAUUCCGUGGACCAACAAAAUGAUAAUGGCUCUGUACCAAUUGAAGAGGAGUGAAGUUUCGAGAUUGUCUACUAAGUUACUGAAAAGUUAAUUCCCUUUGCACUUUCAUAUGCUCUCAGUGACUCAGGAUUUUGCUUAAUGUUGAGAUUACUGCAUGAGUGAUUCUGAGAUUAUCUGCCCAUUACUGUGGAUAAAGCUCUGCUCCUCUUCAAUGUAUUGGUGGUGGUAUUUCCACUAAUUCACCAAAGGUAGGCAGUGUACAUCUUGCUUUGAAAAAAUAGGAUGCUGUAUGGUGAUGGUAGAAGUCCCAUAUUAAGAUUUAAGAGUGAUUGAGACUCGAGUCUCUGUUUGUAUGCAUGUUAUUCUCUUGCAGCGAGACACAUUACUGAUCUUCAUAUUAUAUUUUACUUCAUAGAGCUUUCUUGCA